AGACCACUGUACAUCCAGCGUGUGUCUCUCCACAGCAGAGUGUCCAUCUCCUGCCCCAACACGACAGGGGAGGAUCUGAGCUUCCACCUGUCGUUGAACCAGUCCCUCGUUCACACCACAGUGAGAGGAACCAGAUCCACACCAGAACCAACCGAAUCGACACCUGGGCCCAGUUCUAUCUAGUUGACCAAAAUCGGAACCAGAACUUGAUCAACCGCUAUGUGUUCACGGUCAACAGCACAGGCCUGUACACCUGCAUAGCGGAAAGGAUGAGGUCUCCUCUGCCUUAUCAAGAGGACUCUGUUCAGACUCUACUGACUGAAGAGAAGCAGUGCUUGACACACCGAGAUCCACUGGCGAAUCAAGAUCAAGAUCCUCUGGCCAACCAGAAUUGUGCAGAGGUUUCUAAACCCCUCCCCCUGUGUCCAUUAUUGGUGGGAUGUGGGUUUCUUCUCUACAGCAUCAUCAUCACGAUUGUCGCCAUCGUCCUCUGGGUCAGUUUUCAUUUCAUGUUAUUGACCCUGACCCUAACACUGACCCUAACACUGACCCUGACCCUAACCCUGAGAGUCUGGUCACUCUGGUGUAUUAUUAUAGCCAAGAAAGUCCACUCCGAAACAUCUGUUGUCCAGACAUUCCUGGGAGUCCUGGCAGUCCUGGGAGUCCAGGGAGUCCUGGGAGUCGAGACAGUCCUGGGAGUCGAGACAGUCCAGGGAGUCGAGACAGUCCAGGGAGUCGAGACAGUCCAGGGAGUCGAGACAGUCCUGGGAGUCGAGACAGUCCUGGGAGUCGAGACAGUCCAGGGAGUCGAGACAGUCCUGGGAGUCGAGACAGUCCUGGGAGUCGAGACAGUCCAGGGAGUCGAGACAGUCCAGGGAGUCGAGACAGUCCAGGGAGUCCAGACAGUCCAGGGAGUCCUGGGAUCCUGGGAGUCCAGACAGUCCUGGGAGUCCAGGGAGUCCAGACAGUCCUGGGAGUCCAGACAGUCCUGGGAGUCCAGACAGUCCUGGGAGUCCAGACAGUCCUGGGAGUCCUGGCAGUCCUGGCAGUCCAGACAGUCCUGGCAGUCCUGGCAGUCCUGGCAGUCCAGGGAGUCCUGGCAGUCCAGGAGGAAGCUGAAGAAGGAAGUGUCUGAUCAGAGUGACUACGUGAACAUGAAGCCUGGAGAGAAGACGAGGCCUAAGAGAGUCCAGCAUCCAGUCACCAGGAGAUUCUGAUUCUGGUCAUUCCUAUGGCUGUGUACCUAAUGGCACCCUAUUCUAUAUGGCUCUAUGGCUGUGUACCUAAUGGCACCCUAUUCUCUAUGGUCCUAUGGCACCCUAUUCUCUAUUGCUCUAUGGCACCCUAUUCUCUAUGGUCCUAUGGUACCCUAUUCUCUAUUGCUCUAUGGCACCCUAUUCUCUAUGGUCCUAUGGCACCCUAUUCUCUAUUGCUCUAUGGCACCCUAUUCUCUAUGGUCCUAUGGUACCCUAUUCUCUAUUGCUCUAUGGCACCCUAUUCUCUAUGGUCCUAUGGUACCCUAUUCCCUAUUGCUCUAUGGUACCCUAUUCUCUAUGGUCCUAUGGUACCCUAUUCUCUAUGGCACCCUAUUCUCUAUGGUCCUAUGGUACCCUAUUCUCUAUGGCACCCUAUUCUCUAUGGUCCUAUGGCACCCUAUUCUCUAUGGUCCUAUGCCUGUGUACCUAAUGGCACCCUAUUCUCUAUGGUCCUAUGGCUGUGUACCUAAUGGCACCCUAUUCUCUAUGGUCCUAUGGCUGUGUACCUAAUGGCACGGUAUUCUCUAUGGCUCUAAUCCCCCCAAUGCACCAACAACCAAGAGAAUGAACCCCCACCCACAAGAACCCCCCCAAUGCACCAACAACCAAGAGAAUGAACUCCCACCCCCAAGAACCCCCAAUGCACCAACAACCAAGAGAAUGAACCCCCACCCCCAAGA